AUGUUUGAUCUGUGAGCGGGCUUGGGCGGGUGCUGUGCUCGGGGGUUGAGCCACGCACGCCAUGGAGUCUAUGAAUCUGCAGGAUCGCCCGCUGGAUCAGCAUCUCAAGGAAAGCAGUAGACGCUUCCAGACGUACAUGCAGCGGCUGAUAGCGAAGUACAACCAACCCUUUGAGGAUGACCCGUUGGUGCAGAUGGCCACGCUGACUUACGAGACGCCCCAGGGAUUGAGAGUCUGGGGAGGAAAGCUGAUAAAGGAAGAAGACGAACACACUCAGGUGAUUGGCGGAUUAAGUGGGCAAGCGCCAGGAGGUGAUUCCGAUAGCAGCGGUGCAGAUACAAGCUUAGAGGAGGCAGAAUGGCCGUCUUGCAACUUGACGAGAGAAGCUUCUGGGGAUACUGGGAAGCAUCAGCUUACAGUGCCCGGAAACACCUUGAAAACUGAUUUAAGAAGGAAGUACUUGACCCAGGUGGAUAUACUGCUUCAGGACGCAGAAUAUUUUAAGAACACACAGAAGGGAGAUGGAAAAGACACGGUCACGACUUGCUUUCCUUCCUGGACGUCACCUGUCACACCAGCCCCUGGAUGCCAGGAUGGUAUCCCUGCAAAGAGCUUUGGUGAUCCUGAAGGGUCUGCUUCAUCCUCCGGAGACCAGGCUUCCUCAUACCCUUGCCCAGCUGACAUGACCAUUGUACCUAGAAAUGACAGCUUCUCCUUACUAGGGGCCAGCAGCAACAGCGUAAGCAACCAGUGCCCUGAGGUUGAUGACAUCAGCAAUGUGACAAUCAGCGAUCUGUAUGAAGGCAUGAUGCAUUCCAUGAGUAGGCUGCUGUGCUCAAAGCCGUCGUGCAUCAUCUCCACCAAGACCUCCAUUAACAGGAACUGGAAGCUCAAGAGGAGGCUCUCACGAAAGCAUGGGGUGCACAAGAACACGACAUACUGCCACAGGAGCAAACCCUUCCAGAGGAGCUCUAGGAAGGGGCCCCUGCACUGCUCAGAGCCCAGGAAAGAGGCCAGAGUAUUAAGGGACUCCAAGAACUUGCCACAUGUUGAUCCCCACAAGACAGACAAGACAGGCUUAGAACUGGAAAGUGUUCCUCUUGAAGGAAGCAAACUCCAAGUCCAUAAAUUGAUUCCAGCUUGGAAGGAGCUCCAGGGGCUGCCUCAGAAGUACUUGGGCUUAAGCACAGUAAACCACCUUGGGCGAGAAGACAGGGCGAAGGCAUUACAGUGGUUAAUUUCACCCGUUAAAAUGGCUCCCAGGCUGAGGGUGCCUCCAGGUCAGGUAGAGAACUGGUAUAGAGAGGUUAAAAUCAAAUUUGAGAAACUCCAUCAGGAAUGUUGCCCAUCUCCUGAGAAACGGCUUCGCCUGACUGGCCCUACGCAGUCUUGGGCUGCAGACGUGUACAGAGGUGGCUCUAAAAGCCCAGGCAGCCGCCAGAGUGUAGAAACCCACAAGCUGAGUUCACCUUUGAGCAGAGAGAAGAUGGAGAGGCCAGGUGAAGCUUUUGAAGACCUGAGGGGAAGGUCUGUCAAGACAAAUAGCUGUCUCCUAAAGAGGGGCCCUUCUCCAGAGGACAGCCCGUCACAAAGUCCAGGUCAUUUUCAACAGAGGUCUGGCCAUCUUCAAGAACAUAAUUCUGAACCAAUCAGAAAGGCAGCAUGGCCCAGUACAGCCAUUUCAGCACCGGACUCUCCAGACUGUGGAGAUCACUAUGACGAGCUUAAAAAAGAAUUCAACAGACUUUAUCAGAAGUAUUGUCUGGUGUCACCUCGGCAUGUGAAGGUGAUUUCGUGUGGCAGAGUAUCUCCAGUGAAAGCUGCUGCAGCUGUUCCCGGUCAAACAGAGCACUUGAAAAGAUUAAAUCCAGACUCUCCACUCCAGAGUUCCCAGAAAUGGUUGCCAUCUCCUGACUGGCGCAUAAGAAUUCCACAGGAUUCAACUGCAGUUGAGGGCCACAGGUCUGCACAGACUGCUAGUGCUGUUGUGAGAGGCCCUUGGUUGUCAACAAAGAGGCGCAAGUUGUCAUACCCGGCUAAGUCUCCAGAUUCCUCGGGAGCAGCAGGCCGGCUCUGAGUGUCCUGACUGCUGGCUGGGUGUUUGUCCGUUGGACGUGAUGUGUAGUCAGUAGCUGCUUUGAGGGGGAAGACUUGGCAGACGCUCUUUGGAGGUGGGGCCCAGGGCAUCACGUGUGCUGAACAGUCUUUCACUGCAGCUCCCAGUAGCCACUUGGCCUCUGCCCAGCCACCUCCCCCGCACCAUAUCACAGUGCCACCUCUGUUCUGCCUUGGGCUUCUCCAGCCAGCCUCGAAUAUGUCUCUAAAUCAUAUUCAGGGGAUUCUCGAUGGCAGCUUUCCUCUUGACUUUAACUGCUUACAUUGUCUUCGCUCCCCGCUCCCCACCCCGUCUUCACCUUCCUCUCUUCUGCUUUUGUGUAGGUAAGUGCCCUUCAGGAGGACAUGGUGUAAGUCCAUGGGUUGGGUCAUAGCCCGGACCCUGCUCCCACCCGUUGGCUUAGUCUCAGGAGCUCUGGUUUGGGGUGGGGUGGGGGAGAUGUUUUGUUUUUGAGGCAGUCUUACAUAGCUUGGUCUGACCUUGAACUCGUUGGAUGGUUGAGGUGACUUCAAGUUCCUGAUCCUCUUGCCUCUGCCUCCGUUUCCCAAAUGCUGAGGCUAAUCUUUGUUUUCGGAUUUAUUUCCAUGGGUAAAACACUUUAUGAACUGAUUGAACUGCCAAGAAGGGAAGGGACCCACCUGGGGUAGAGCCAUAGAUACCACAAGGAACAGGGCCAGACCUCAACAAUACUAGCUGGGUCUCUGGUCACCUGGUGUGGCAGGUAUCCCUGGCAGGGUAUGCCCGCCAGCA